UGGCUCGAGCGAUGGGCCUUUUGUGGGCCUUGGAAAGACACCGUAAGCCCCUCGUCUCUUCCUCAACCGGGUCGCGAUGGCACUGCGCUUCGCGCUGGCGCGAGCGAUGGGACUCUGCGCGUCUGCCAUGCCGCCGCGGCAGGCGCGCAGGCUCACGCCGCACGUGAACGGGGCGUGCCAGCGGGUGGCGGCGAGGCCCCAGUCGACCAGGGCCUCCUUCGACUCCGUCCUGCAGGCGAAGAUCGGUCCUGCUGGCUGCGUGGACCUCUGCUUCCAUGAUGGCGCGGCCUUCCGUUUCCACGCCCUCUGGCUUCGAGACGCGUGCCGCACGGAUGUGUUCGUGAACGCGGCCAGCGAGCGGAUUCUCGGCAAGACGUUGCUCGUGCAGGGGUGCCCAGCCGACCUCCACGCGACGUCGGCGCAAACCACUGCCGACGGCGGCCUCCGCGUCGACUUCAGCGACGGCAACAGCGGCAAAUUCGAUGCGCACUUCCUCCGCAGCUACGCGGGCACCGUGGCGCACGGCCUGGGCGGCGAGAGCCGGAGGCCGCUCGUCGAGACCGACUGGCUCAAGCCGUACUGCGGCUUCCCUGACGUCAGGUCCCCAGGCAAAGCCCAGGUGAACUUGUGGACGAGCCGUUCUGGCCCAGCGUUCCAGGAGAUGACCCUCGAAGAAGUCAUGGCGCCUGCUGGGAACCUCGAGAUGCUCCAGGUCCUUCUCCGCGACGGCGCCUUCAAGAUCACCGACGUGCCUUCGCCAGGCCCGGCUGCUCUCCACGCCUUCGCCGACGCUUGUUUCAACGGCCUGCAGAAGGACCCGUCGCGGACAGAGGCGAAUUGGGAGAUUGCGCCGAAGGAGGGCGCUGCCUCGAUUUCCUACGCUCCCACGCUGAAGCUCAAUAACCACACCGACCAGUCGUUGCCCAACCAUGGCAUUCCGGCCCUCUUCCUCGUGAUGCAUACGGCGAGGGGUUACGGCGUGAACACGCUUGUCGACACCUCUGCUGUCUGCGAGGCUCUGCGCGAGCGUGAUCCUGAAGCGUUCGAGCUAAUUAGCCGAUACGGUAGCCCCCAGCGGAGGUUUACCGCUGCGAGCCGGCAAGACGCCGACCAAGGCCACACAGUGAAUUUGUGCGUGAUGUCAGGAAAGCCCAUCAUCCAGCUGGACGACGCGGGCGGCAUCAUUCGCACGCAGUACAACGAGGUCUUCCGGAUUCCGUCGGAGCUUCCGUUCGACAUCUUCAAGCCGUGGUAUGCGGCCUAUCUGAAAUUUGGACAGAUGAUCCAUUCAGAUGAGUUCGUGCGUCGUUUGCGGGUUGAAGCGGGCCAGAUCGUGGUGGUGAACAAUUGGCGUGUGAUGCAUGGGCGCGAUGGCCAUUGGGACGGCACUCACUCCAACAUCCAGUCUGCGGACCGUUUCUUGACGGGAGGCACAGUGACGCGGGAGAAUAUGCUCAGCAAGGCCCGUGAUCUUUUGCAGCAGGUCCACGGAUCCGAGUUGUACGGGACUCAGUUAAUUUCGUGAAUUAGUUGUUCCCCUUUACCUCAAGAAGAUCUUGCACGUUUACCCUCCGUCCCUCUCCACCUUCAUGCUUCUGCUCUUUUUCCUCAAGUUCCCAGUCGGAGCUGACAACUCGUGCGCAGGGACGCCUUGGUUUCUGCGACACAAGACAUGAUAGUCUGGCGAAAGUGCUGUGCGUACACAAGACGAGGCGCGAAUUCGCAAACGCCUGCGAGUUUGGCGCGCGUGCCGCCUUCCAACCACCAAGCUUCUGUCUGAGUGAGCAUCAUGCCCACACCACGCGGGCGUAUCGUUUGUCCUCUCGCUCCUAUCGGAGACUAUUAUCGUUUGUCGUCCCUCCCUUCCUCUACACAGCUUGCACGUGCUUCUUUGUCAAGUAUUUGCUAGGCAGCACAAGGGUGCAACCUUUUGCGUUCUAUCAGCAAAAUGGGCGGCGGAUACCUUGAGUCCUAGCAGCAGCCUGCUCGCAUGCGACGGCCUUAUCCAGGCUGGCAGCAGGUCGGUGUCAAACCCGGCACCAUCAAGCUGGCUAUCCUGCGAGGGUCAAUGUGCCGAUCCGCUGGGUCGAACGUGAAGGGUGGGCGACUUCGUUCAGCUUUGAGGGGUUGCGAUCUGACUGAGCGGUUUCGGUGGUGAUUGGCUAUGCGCUGGGACUGGCGAGACUUCGCCCUAAUAUCGGCCACGCGGACAGGAACUGUCCACAUUUGUAGAUUUCGUGGCCCUUCAUCUUCUCCUCCUCCUCCUCCUCCUCCCCCUCCUCCUCCUCCUUUUCCUCCCCUUGCCCCUCCUUCGCUCUUACGCUUCUUUGCUAGCAUAUCCCGGCAGGUUGACGCACCGAUUUCGUGACUGACACCAAGAGAUGGGGUCACGUCUUGCCGCUGGCGCCCUGUUUGGGUGAUUGAUUCAGUAGCAGUCGAAGUGAAAUUGUGAAAAUAUUGUUGCACAGGUGAUCGUGUAUUUCUUCGUCCGUCGCCAGGUGCUGAGUCUCUGAAUUAGAAUGUCUCGUUGUUCUCUUUGACCCAUCAGCACUCGCCACUGAGACCC